AUGGUCUACCUCUUCGUAAAGGAAAUCCUUCUACUUCUCGCCGCCUGGGCCGUCUUCCUCCAGGUCAGGUUCUGGUACCGUUGGAGAGCCUUCGGGAAACGGAGUCGUCAGAAUGGAUGUGAGGAAGCGCCGGUUUUCCCAAAUAAACUGCCUUGGGGUAUUGAGAGGUUCGCCUUUCUCUUUAACCGGCAGUUAGCUAAGAUGGACCUCCUUGAGGAUAUCAUUCGAGCUCGCUACACAGAAAUGCAAUGCUCGACUUUUAGGGUGUUUAACGUGUUUAACAGCACCUUCGUCUCAACGGCAGAGCCCGAAAACGUCCAGACUAUCCUGGCCCUCAAGUUCCAGGACUACGACCUCGGCCCAGUGCGGAGGGAUGUCUUUCAAGAGGUGUUAGGCAAAGGCAUUUUCACCACGGAUGGUGAGGAGUGGGCUCACUUCCGCCAGCAACUCAGGCCUCAGUUCAGCCGCGACCAGAUAAGCGAUCUCGAGUCAACCGGUCGUCAUGUACAGAUCUUAUUCAAGGCGUUGCCCGAGGAGGAUGCUCACGGGUGGAUCGUAGGAACGGACCUGAUGCCUUACGUCUAUCGAUUUACUAUGGAUGUCAGCACCGAAUUCCUCUUUGGGCAUUCUGUCGAUACCCAAUCCAGAACACUUCAUUCACAAGAUUCGGGGAACACAGAGGAGAUUCAGGAAGAUUUAAAAUUCACAGAAGCUAUGAGCUACUCUCAAGAAUAUAUCGGCUGGCGUUUGAGAUUCGGUCCCUUGUACUGGCUUAUCACAUCCAGAAAGUACCAAAAUGCCUGUCGGAUAGUCCAACGAUUCGCAGACCGGUUUGUCAAUCUCGCCUUGAACCCGGAUCACAAGCGGACCGUUCCAGAGCACGGCAAAAAGAGGAAGUACGUCCUCCUCGAUGAGCUGGUGUCUGAGACACGAGAUCCAACGGAACUUAGAAACCAGAUACUGCAUGUCAUGCUCGCGGGAAGGGACACCACUGCAGCACUCUUGAACUUGAGUCUAAUUGUGCUCUCCAAGCAUCCAGAGGAAUUCAACAAACUUCGCGAGGCUGUCGUCAGCCACUUCGGAACGGAGAUUUCACCGACCAACGAGAUUACAUUCUCCUCCAUCAAGGCGUGCAAGGCUAUAAACAACUUCCUUUACGAGACACUGCGUCUCUAUCCCCUGGUGGCAAUCAACAGCAGACGAGCUCUGAGAGAUACGACGCUCCCCACUGGCGGUGGUCCUGAUAGAAAGCAGCCAAUCGCUAUCAGGAAAGGAGAGCAAGUUGGCUUCCCGGCUUAUGUGAUGCAUCGACGACAUGAUAUCUGGGGAGAAGAUGCUGAUGAGUUCCGGUCUGACCGAUGGAUAAACAGGAAGUUGGGGUGGGAGAUGAUUGCUUUUGGAGGUGGUCCGAGAGUUUGUCUGGGGCAACAGUUUGCUCUUAAUGAAGUGAGUUUCGUGCUGGUGCGAUUCUUGCAGCGUUAUGAUCGGAUCGAGGCGGUGGAUAUGGUUAGCCCGUUGAAGAAGAAGUUGUCUGUGACCUUGGGGCCGGCUGAAGGGCAGAAUAUUAGGUUGCACAGGGCUGCUUCCUAA